UAUGAAUGUUGAUAUUUUUGUCAAAGUGAGAGAAACGUUCCCAAUAUUUCAUUUCAAAUAAUCAAACUAUGUGAGAGAAACCCCAUAUUUACCCCAUAGCCAUGAACAAUUACUCUCCUGCAUUCCAUAGACAUAAGAGCUUGAAACAAGAGAAGAACAUCAUGUUGCCAUUCUCUUGUUACUCUCCCAAGCUAUCCCUUUACAUCCUCGCGACAUGUGUAAUCCUUUUAAUGUUGUUACAGAUCCGCUCCCUCCACACGGUUCUUCCCACUUCCUCAUCUCCUUUACCUUCACUUUCACCUUCAGCUUCUUGGUCUCUCUUCCAACAAUGGCAAAACUUGGUUCUCAACCGGACCUUGGCCGCCGCCUCGCCUGUAAACUGCACCCAAAACCCGGAUUCCAUGAACCAAAAGCUUCGAGAUUCCAUCACGUUCCUCCCGUUGAAAGACCUGCGUUUCUCGAACCAGCCCCUUGAUGGUCACACAUGGUUCAUGAGUUCCAUGUACGACACACGCGAGGAAGGUGAGGUCCAAUACCAACAGUUCCCUUCAGAACCGUCCAAAGGCCGGCUCCUUUGCCUUAAAGGCCGCGACACACACGACGGUUCAUGGAACUACUACGCCUUGGCAUGGCCCGAAGCGCUUCCUACAAACGCCACCCUAAUGAAGGGCCUCACUUUCGUGUCUUACAACCAUUACAACUACGACAACAUAUGGCAUGGUCUGUCGGCUGUCAUGCCUUUUGUCGCUUGGCAUAGGAAAAACAGCUGUGAAAAACCAACGAGAUGGGUGCUUUACCACUGGGGUGAACUUAGGUUCAAGAUGGGGACAUGGUUGAACUUGUUAAUGGAGGCUACGUUUGGCCAAGCUCCUUACAUUGAAGAGUUUAAUGACGUUGAUGAUGAUCAACCUGUUUGCUUCGAAAAGGCUGUUGUGAUGAGGCACAAUGAAGGAGGGAUGUCGAGGGAGUCAAGGAUGGAAGUUUAUGAUCUGAUGAGGUGUAAGGCUAGGGUUUACUGUAAUGCGAGCCUUGAUAGAAGGGAUAGCGAUGAAAGACCAGACAUUGGGAUGACUUUGCUAAUGAGGAGUGGAGCAAGGUCUUUCAGGAACGAGACGGCAGUGAUUGGGGUGUUUGAGAAAGAAUGCAAAAAGGUGAAGGGUUGCCGGUUAAUGGUGGCUUACUCCAAUAAUCUCACCUUUUGUCAACAGGUGAAGCAAAUGAGUUUAACAGAUAUUCUAAUAUCACCCCAUGGUGCCCAACUGACCAACAUGUUCCUAAUGGACCGAAACAGCAGCGUUAUGGAGUUUUACCCCAAAGGCUGGCUAAAGCUUGCCGGCGUCGGCCAAUAUGUGUACCAUUGGAUAGCUAGCUGGUCCGGGAUGAGGCACCGAGGCGAAUGGCGAGAUCCCAACGGGGAAAGCUGCCCUUACUCCGACGAAGAUCACCGGUGUAUGUCGUUCUACAAGAAUGGCCUAAUUGGCUACAAUGAGACCCAUUUUGCGGAGUGGGCUAGAAAUGUUCUAAAUGAUGUUCAAACAAAGAGAUUUGAAGAAGAGGGUACCAAAAAUGGGACAGCUUCUAUGAAAACUUGUGAUUGCAAUUAAUCUGGUUUUUUGUUUUUUGUUUUUUCUGGUCUUUUGAGGGGCAUAAUUAAUACCCAAAAAAAAAAAAAUCCUUUCAUUGUUCAAUUUUUAAUUUUCAUUUAUAGGGUUUCUUGUAAGAACAAUGAUCCCCGUUCAUAUGCAAUAGUAUUUUAUUUUAAUUUAUUCUA